AUGGUGUUGAUCCGACGCUUCACUACGAGCGCUCGACUAUGGAAACAAGAAUUCGACAUUGACAAAUGCGUGGAACGUAUAACCAGAAAUUUGGCCUAUAGAGACGACUUUCCGUACCUUUUUGAUGCAUAUGAUACCAUUAUACAACGCCAUCGCAGCUGGAAUAUCAACAAGUACCCUGUAAAAGAGACCACGAUUUUCCUGGAAAACUUGGAAACAGAUGAUACAAAAGACCAGCGACGCAAAAUUAUCAAUACCCUGAAUUAUAGAGCUCCAUCAGCAACAUAUAUCAAUUUCUUGAAGACAUUAUAUCCAUCAAAGUUGCACACUUCUUUGCAUUUGGGACAGCAGCCUUCGCCAAACAGCCAUGGUCCUAUCGAGAACAUGCUAAAAUAUCAAAAUAUCAACCAUGACUUGCUUUAUCAACGAUUUUGCUCUCUUCCUCGUCCAGCAUUUCUUCAUAUGAGGCCCCAGCACGCCGAAGAUUUCCUCUCCAAGUUUUUAACUCGACGAGAUUUCACCAAACCGAGCUUACUCUCGUCCUCUUCAACACUCGGUCCUAUUGCUACCAUUAGAGCAUACCAGGAACUGAUCGAGAAACGUACCGAAUACGUGGAUAUGUGCUCGCAUGUAUUUCAAGAUUUACGAGACUCAGGUCUUCCUACGACCAGCAGCGAGAGAAACAAACUUUUCUACUACCUUUAUCACAAGGACAGACACGAUGUUCUAAAAUUGGUCGAUAAAGCGGUUUCUUUGUGUGAUUCCGAUACUCCAUUACUCAACUUUACUCCACGCAAAUUCGACUGGUCGGCGUACAAAACGUUUAUUAACCAGUUUGAGCUUGAUGAAGAUACGGCUAAUAUGCUAUUAUCUUUGGCAAUUCGUCAUAAGCAGCCUGCAAUUGUUUCAGAUAUACUCGAUAAGGUGGGAAUUGAUAGUGAACGAACCGCCAGUCUUGUGUUGGAUGCACAAUUGAAUCCUUAUUGGUCCAAAAAUCUUCCUCAGACGACGAUCCCAGCUCUCGAGUACUGCUCGCGAACACAUUUAGAUAUCAGUACCGUCAACAAAAUCAUAAAGUAUCUCGUUCAUCGAGGACACAUCCGCUUAGCAGAAAAAAUCCUCAAGCAUUUCAACCCAAAAGAGUCUUUGGCAACCAACAAGCACCUAAUUACUUACAAACAGUUGACACCCGAAGAUGUCCAGUUGUAUGAGACCACGCUCAAAUCUUAUGAUGAGUUUUUGAGGCUUAACGACCAAAAGCGAGAUUACAAACUAUUUCCCACGGAAGACACAUUUCUUCCGUUGAUAGAAUUCUAUUCUUCUCAGCAUCAGUUCGACCACGCAUUGAGACUCAUGGAUGUUAUGGAAAUGGGGUUUGGGCUCCCAUUAACUACCAGAAUAUUUCGUGCUGUGGUUGAGAUCUUUAAACACAUUUCCAUCGAACAAGGUUCAAAUUAUAGCCUCGAGAAAUUUCGGUACUUGCUAGCUCGCAUAUUGUUGUGUCACAGCUAUAGCUAUAGAGUAGUCGACGAUACGACAUAUGGCAGCUUGACGUCGGAUCUCACCGUCCCACCAUCUUUGGAGCCUUAUUUGUCACCAUUUCUCAACAAUGCUGAGCCAGCGUUACCAUACAACAGAGGGACAUUUCUCAAGUUGAAAGACGACUUGAUGUCGAGCAUUUUCAUGGCUGCGAUCCAUGUUAUCAACGACUCAUCGUUGGCUCAUCAGAUAUCCGAACUGCACAUUCUACUUAAAAAAACAGUGGCAGAUUUACGAAAGUCAAACGACAGGCGCCUGGACUCCGCCAAAGCAGUGUAUAUAAACGACGGAGUCACCUACGCCAAAAGAGAGGCAUUGUUUGAACUCAUGGAAAUGAUAGUUUGA